UGGGAUGGUAUCUCAUUCUACAGUAUUACCUUGAAGUCCAUGGGGAUCCAUUUGCAAAUUGGACACACUUCUGGUGUUUGUUGUGACAGCCCACUCUCUGCUUUUAACAAUGACUUCAUUAUCAUCAACUACAAUGGUAUCUAUAAAGUGGGGUUAGAUUUCUGUGGGUGUGCAUCUGCCCAGCCACACAUUAUUCAACUACUACGUGUUCACCUCUUUCCUGCCAUAACAAUUGAUCCAAAAAUAGCUGUGAUGUUUCAGGCACUGGAAUACUUUCAGAUGUUGUCUUUCAAGUCCAAAGUUUCCAUGUUUGAAUUUUACAAAAUGGCUGCCCAUUUGAUGGACAAUACAGGAAUUCAUGUACCAAAGCAUUGUUAUGAGGCUAUGUUGUGCAUGAUGCAAGAGUGGCACUUCAUCAAGCAGAUGCAAUGUGCUGGUCAAGGUCAUUACCCUGAAGGCAUCGUACCAACUGAACCAGGUGCAUGUGCUGUUUUGUGUCCUGCAUGUCCACAUGCCGGCAAAAACCUGCCAGAUAGAUAG